AUGAAGAAUUUCAUGGAAAAUGGAUGGUUCUACUCACGUAGACAAAUUCUUCAUUAUCUGAAGACACGUCCAUCAAGUCUGAAGCCCCCAAAGACAAAACUCGAUAACCCGAUUCAUGUCUUAGGGCAAUUGAAUCGUCAUCAAUGGCUUAUGUUUUCUUGUGGAUUUAUUGCAUGGGUUUGGGAUGCGUUUGACUAUUUUUCGGUCUCUCUAACCCUGACCGAUAUCGCAAACGAUUUCGGAGUUGAUUACUCAGAUGUUUCAUGGGGAAUGACCAUCACGCUUAUGUUACGUUCCGUUGACGCCCUUAUAUUCGGCACCAUUGCCGAUCGCUAUGGUCGGAAGUGGCCCAUGAUCAUCAAUCUCUGUUUCUUCAUUGUGCUGGAACUAGCGUCAGGGUUCUGUCAGAAUCUUUCACAGUUCCUUGCCGUUAGGUCGCUUUAUGGCAUUGCUAUGGGAGGAAUGUUUGGUCCUGCAGCAAGCACUGCUCUUGAAGAAUUACCGUAUGACGCGAGAGGAAUCCUGUCUGGACUGUUCCAGAACGGCUACUCCACGGGAUACCUCCUGGUCGCCAUAUUCUAUCGAGCUCUGGUGCCUACGACCAGGCAUGGCUGGAGGAGCCUAUUUUGGUUCGCAUCUGGCCCACCAAUAUUUAUUAUCGCCUUCCGGCUUUGGCUACCUGAAACAAAUCAUUUUCAAGUCCUACAAGGGGAGAGAAAGGCAAGAGUUGAACUCCUAAAUUUAUCAACAAACGAAGACAUUGUAUCUUCAUCCCCCAGAAAACGGAAAGAAAUGAUCGUCUUUCUCAAAGAUGCUGCAAAAUCUGUCGGUGAAAAUUGGGUCUUACUUAUCUACAUGGUGAUUCUUAUGACCGGUUUCAAUUCAUGUUCUCACGGCAGCCAAGAUUUCUAUCCCACGUACCUAAAGGCGCAGGUUGGAUUGGGGCCGACAGAUGUUACUGUCAUUUCGGUGGUAGGUCAGAUUGGAUCUAUCUGCGGAGGGACAGUCAUAGGAUUCGUUAGCACAUUUUCUGGCCGACGCCUCGCCAUGUUGACUGCUUGUGUAUUUGGUGGUUCUCUGGUGCCAGCGUACAUCAUCCCGCGUAAUAUGGGUCUCGUCGCUUCUGCAUUUUUUGAGCAGUUUUUUGUGGGAGGUGUAUGGGGGCCAAUCCCGAUUCACUUGAUGGAACUUGCUCCUCCAUAUCUCCGUACUACCGUCAUAGGUCUUACUUAUCAGCUGGGUAAUCUUGCAUCUUCCGCAUCGGCGACGAUUCAAGCGGUGAUUGGGGAGCGAUUUCCGCUUCCGCUAUCCUCAACUGGAGAGAAAACAUUUGAUUAUGGCAAAGUCAUUGCAAUAUUCAUGGGAGCCGUGUGGGUAUAUGUGUUUAUCUUCUUAUUUUUAGGACCUGAAAUGUCACAGGAAGAGAGAGAGCAAGAAACCGAGGCGGUGCGGGACUUGGAAGCCAAGCGACGAGAAGGAGCUGAUCUGGCCCAAAUCGGCGCAGACUUGGCUGGGGGAGGUAACAAGGAUAUGUUUUCUAUACAGGUUCAUCUUGAGAACGUGACAGUCGCAGUGGGUGAGAUAUAA